GCUAGAAGGAGCAAGCCUCGUGGUUUCACUCCAGUUGUCUCACCACAGUAAGCGACAAUGCAAAAAUAUCGAAAGUAUGUGAUAAUAUAUGCCUUUUUAUUAUGUUUUCGAUUUUGGAUAUCUCAGAGUAACUCAUACAUACAUCCUGACGAGCAAUUGCAAUCGUUACAGAUAAUUGCAGGGAAAUUUCUUAAUUGGAAAGUCGAGCUUCCAUGGGAAUUCACAUCUGAAGAACCAAUUCGGUCCAUGGUUCCUUUAUAUCUUAUGCUUCUGCCUGCAUUUUAUACCGCAAAAGCUACUUGUCAUGAAUUUUGCAAACCAAAUACUAUUUAUCUUUUAGCUAGAUUCACUAUGUUUUUAUGGUCUCUGGUUAUUGAUUUUAGCAUAUCCAGAAUUGUACCACCAAAGAAAAAAUGGAAGUGUCUACUUCUAUAUUCUAUAUCAUAUUUGGCUUGUAGCUUUCAGACGCACACUAUCUCCAAUUCUAUGGAAACGGUGUUUAUGUUUCUCACAAUCAUGUUUUUAUCUAAAUUGGCGGUUUCUUCGGUAAAAAGCAGGAAAAGUUAUUUAUUGUCAGUGGCAGCAUCCAUAAGCACCACAAUCGGUCUUUUUACAAGAAUUACCUUUCUCGCGUUCGUUUUCGUGCCUUAUAUCUACUAUGGUUUUCGAUGGUUAAAAAAUAACAGACAAAAUAUGCUUUUGAUUUUUAGCCAUAUUUUCUUAAUGUUUUGUUCAUGCGUACUAAUAUCUUCAUUGUGCCUUUAUGAAGACUAUAAGUUCUAUGGAAAGUUUACAGUUACGCUUUUAAACAAUAUUAGUUAUAACUCUCGGUUUGAAAAUUUGGCCUUACACGGAAUCCAUUCCAAGACCCAGCAUUUUUUUGUUAAUGUUCCUCUUCUAUGUGGUCCGUUACUCCCUACAUUUUCACUAUGGAACAUUCGAAAUGCUCAAGCGUGGUUUUGGAUUUUCCCGGUUGCUGUCCUUUCCAUUUUUCCACAUCAAGAAGCAAGGUUUUUACUCCCCGCCAUCUCUCUUUAUGUGGUUUUUGCAGCUCGGUAUAUAAGAUCUCGUUUUCUCCUCUUGCUAUUCAUUAUUUAUUCGAUUGUUAUGUCGGUAUUUUAUGGGAUUAUGCACCAAAACGGAGUCGUUCCUUCUGUUGUAGAACUUGGUUCAAUACUCCGUGAUAAUGGUUUGCUUAAUCAGACCUCCAACAAUUAUUAUCCAGCUACAAUUUAUUACUGGAGAACCUAUACAGCACCAACAUGGAUGUUGGCACGUCCAAAUUCCAGUCCAAUUGAUGUUGUCCAACUAUACAACUAUUCCAAGGAACAAACCUUAUCCCUUUUUUGGGAAGAUCAUCACAAUACUCAAAAGCUUGAAAAGGAAUUCAUAAAUUUUGUUUCCUCAAAGACCAUUUCUUUUCCUAUAUUAGUCUGUCCUAUCGCACUUCUACAAUCUGACGAGGAUACGAAAGGCUUGCAGCUUUUAAAAUAUAUACCUUAUCACGUCGACCUUGAUGACGCUGAUGAACUUCCGUUAGCUGAUUUAAUUCGGAAUCAUGGAAUAGGCAUAUAUGCAGCUAAAGAAGUCAACAUGGAUCCAUGAAAUUAAGUAAUGACCGUUGCAAUGUAUUUUAAUACUAGAUUUUUUAAUUAAUAAAGAGGAACAAUUAUAGCAAAGCCUUUUAUCAACAAUUUUUCCAAUUGUCUAAGCACGAUACAUCAUUUACUGGGGAAUUAAUAUUUUAAGUAUAUAUAUAACCUUGGGUUUCGUAUCACUUUUUUUAGCAUGAUUUCUUUUCUUCUCAGCGAACUAACAUAUGAUGGUAACGAUCGUGCAUUGAAAUACAUAGAUCAAUGGUGAUGUAGCCAACAUCUAGGUGUCGGUCACCGCUGACUGAGUCAUUUACUUUUAUACGAACAUGUAAAUAUAGUCAUUCCCACUUCACGCAAUUCAUAGAAAUCACCUUUAGUUUUCUCGUUUCGUAAACCCAGUAACAAACAUACUUGUAUGUAGGUAACAAUGGUGCAUCUGACUUGAUUUGGGAAACUUCGCAUUAGUUUGUAUUUGCGA